UAAUGAAAAAUCAAUUUUUAAAAAUGCUAAAUGUGCCUAGUGAAUGGGUCGCAGAAUGCAAUAUAUUGUAUUGAUUACUGAAUAACAGUGUAGAUCAUCGGAAAUGCGACAACGGCGCGCCAUACCAUGCGGUGUGGUAGUGAGGCUGGCCGUUGGGGGCGUGAAUGAUUGUUAUGGUUGCAUUGUAGGUUUCGUACAAUUGAGGCCUAAAUAAUUUUUAUUAUUAAGAUUUUGUCGAAGCUACAUAUUUUAAAAUGGCCCAGAGGCAGUGGGCAAAGAAGAAAACAACCAUGUCUGUUUUGUCAUACCACCAAAACCGGCAAAUAACAGACGAUUUACAAUUCACCAGUCAAUUUCUAAGCCGGAGAUUUGCAUCCAGCGAAGGCCUUUUCAGGAAGAACCUGAUGGGGCAUUUCGGCUGCAUCAAUGCUAUAGAGUUCAGCAACAAAGGGGGAAAUUUUCUUGCUUCUGGUGGAGAUGAUCGUCGGAUUGUACUUUGGAACAUGCAAGAUGCAAUAUCAAAUGUUGGCAGCGCUCAUUUCAGCAACCAUCCGGAGAGUUCCCGGAACAAGCUUCAGAAGAAAUUGAAGACCGUUACUUUGAGAGGAGAACACCAUUCAAACAUAUUUUCACUGGCAUUUGACAGUCAAAAUAAAAAUAUUUUCUCCGGCGGUAAUGAUGCGCAGGUCCUUGUUCAUGAUAUGCAAACGUAAUCACAAACAUUAAUUGAAAUUUGUAGUUUG